AUGAAAGUCUUGGGAUUUAAUCAAGACGCCAGCUGUUGUUCAGUGGCGACGUCCAGCAAUGCUUUACGCAUUUAUAAUUGUGACCCUUUUGGCCAAUGCUUUGAGUUGCAAACGCAGGUCAAUCAAGAUGAAAAUAACAAGCUGAAUUUGCAGGACUCUACUGAACCCCGAUUUAUCAUUGGAAUGCUCUUUUCGACGAGUUUGAUAGCAGUUGCGGAUAAGAACCAAGGUUGGCAAAGGAACCGGAAACUCCGGAUAAUUAAUACGAAGCGAAACUCAACGAUAUGUGAAUUAACGUUCCCAGAAGAAAUUGUCGAUGUUACAAUGAACCGGAAGCGAUUGUGUGUCCUGUUGGUUAACGAUCAAAUUUGCAUUUACGAUAUAUCCUGUAUGAAGCUUCUACAAAGUGUCGAUGCGGGAGUGAAAGCAGACGUUCAAAGUAGACGGGGUAGCUUACACACAACUUGUAAUGUGAAGAUGGCGUUGAGCAGUGACGAUAGAAGUAUACUGUGCUAUAGUGCCGGUUCAGGCGUCCAAGGGGAAAAAUCGGUGACAAAUAGAAUUGUGGUUUUCGAUGCUUUGAACGCGUGUCCUAUAAAUCAACUAAAUGACGUUCACAAGGGUAAGAUCGCAUGCAUAGAUGUAAGCCAUAAAGGUGACCUCGUGGCGACUGCUUCGCAAAAAGGAACUAUUAUUCGAAUAUUUCAUACCGGUGUCGACUCGGAGUUUGAUGUCAAUAACCCACUUUUUGGAGAAUUUAGGCGCGGUACACGACCCAGUAAGAUCUAUGCCAUCAAAUUCAACAAAUCGUCUACAUUACUCGGCUGUGUUGGUGAUACUGACACUUUGCACAUUUUUAAACUCGCAAGCCUGGACAAUUUACCAAGUAGUAAUAACUCUGAAGAGGUGGAAUCGAUGCUUCGAUCAAAAGUUGCCAAAGAAUCAGCAGGUCAAUUAGGAUAUUUCCUAUCUAAAAGUGUCAUUCCUCACUUACCAAACCAUAAACUAACCAGAGACUAUGCUUUCGUUAAGGUGGAUGAAGCUGUACAUCAUUGCUUUGGGUUCCCGGAAGAGUUGCCCAACAAAGUAUACAUCGCAGGCGAUGACGGUAAACUCCAGAUAUACGAUUUGCCCGUCACACCCGGUUCCUGCACCUUAGUGAAGGUCAACAAAUUUGUGAUAUAA